GCGCGACGAGGCGGCGGGGUGGGAAGUGGCCUUCCCCAGGAGCUGAGCGCCCGGUGCCGAGCGGGGACGCCGCCCGGCCCGGAGUCGGCGACGCUACGUUGCUGCAGGAGGUGACCGAGAUAGUGCCGAAGGACCUGCUUUCUACAGCUUUCAUCAUUUAACUUCCUUGUGGGGUCAGCAGCAUGUCUUCUGCUGGGUGCGCCUCAAAACUUCUCCUGGUCCUCAGUGCACUGCUGCUGGUGCUGCCAGUGGUUGAAGCCAUGGAUGCAGGAGAUACAAUUGCGUUCCUGCUGGGCCUCGCUGUCAGCGUCAUUGGAUUCUGUGCCUGUCUUGGCUUGUAUGCCAGGAAAAGAAAUGGACAGCAAUGAUCUCAAGAAGAUGCUCAAAUGAAAUGUGUUUCCUAACAUUGCUUGGGGUUGAGGUCCGGGAUUUAAAACUUCUUCAGUUCUGGAUAACUUUUGAAAACUUGUAGUAGAUAAUCCUGCAAACCCUCUUACUGUGCAAUACAACAGAUCAAGACCGUACUCAGUAGAAGGGAUUUGUAGGAUCUGUCAUCAUGACAGUAAGAUGAUUUUACAUUGCUUGUGAUUAAAUAAUGCCUUAGAGAAGGGUGAGAACUAUUUGAGUGGGGGUAGAGAGCCACGGAGUGCUUCACAGUAAACAAUGAUAAAUGGAAUGUAUGAGGGAGAUCUUCACCAAGUUCUGCAAUUUUGGUUUCAGGGGUUCAUGAGGAGGAAGCAGCUAUUAAUCUUCCAGUCAGGAUGACAGAGCUUUGGAAAUACCUCUGAUGAGAUAACUAGCAAGCAGACUGCUUUGACAUGAGCACAUGUGCUCACAUGGUUUGUAAUGACAGCACCUGACAGCUCACUUCCAAUGUUACAGGGAUGAGAUUUGGGAGAACUAAGAAAACAUGGAAAACUCUCUUCUAUUUAUUUCCAUUUUUAUGUUAGAAUGUGCCUCUUCUGUAGCCUGUGUUCUUGUUCCCAGAAUGGGACUGUUAUUUUACUUCAACAUAUAAAGCUAUGUGAAUCAGGUAGGGAGCAUGUUUUGUUGUCACUUCUUUAUUUUCAGCUCUCAGUUUUCCUUUAAGCAUGUUGAGUAAAGUGUUCUGUUUUGGUUUGGUUUUUUUUUGUUUGCUUUUUCCAAAAAUGAAGAUUUAGCUAUUUUAGUGUGGAAUUAUAUGUAGUGUUUCUGAAUUAGUCUGUAAUUAAAUUUUAUCAGGACAGUUGUGCACAUUUCUUUUGCAAUAUGGAAACAACUUGUUUUGUUAAAAUCCUGGGUUUAGUAGACAAAUCUGUUAUUCUUGAAUGUCCUCCUCCUGAUAAACUUGAUGUUGUUAGUUAAGCAUUUAGGCUUCUUAUCUGAUUGAUACCUAAGAGUUCCACAGAAGAAAAGGACCAAAAACAAAGUAAAAGAUCUUGAUGCAAAACUCCAUUCAUGCUCUGUCAAACAGGGUGUUAUAUGGUUGAAAAAAUCUACCGAGUAGCAUAUCUAGAACCCAUUUAUUUCUUUUAGUAGCAAUGUGGAAGUGACACAGCUGAGAAUGUCAACCACAAAGCCCUCAGGCUUAUGAGGAUGUUCUCGCUGUCAUCUUAGUUGAAGGAGCACAUGAAAGCAAAUAAAUAACAGCAGGGAAAAAAAAACUAGCAGAAUAAGCAGCGGAGGAAGGUGAACUCUGUAGUUCACAGAAUUUUGUUCUGAUCUUGUGCUGUGGGCACUGCCACUCUUGCUAGAAAUCUCGUCUUUUAUCUUUCAAAGUUGGAGAGAAAAAGUGAAAUGUGAUGCAAAGUUAUGUAUGUUGUUCCUCCCCUUUCUCCGUUAGCGUCUCUGCUCAGUAGAGCACAAAGCAGUGAUGAGAAUUGCGAAAUAGAUUUUACAUAAGUAAUUGAAUGGGCAGUUCAUGUUCUACAAAUUCUAAGAUUUCUAUAUUCCCUAUACCAUAUGUGGCUGUUUUGACUUCGAUCUGCUCAGAAGCUGGAGAGAGAAGCCCAGUUUAUUUCAGUCUCAUAAUCGUGUCUGUCUCUGUCUCACGGUUAACGCAGGAAGGUGUAAUGAAAGUGUCCAAAAUACUGUGGUUGAAACUGGGACUCAACCCAGCAAGCCACAUUAAUCUUGGUUUCUGCUCUCAAGCUACUGGAAUGAUACUGGUCACAAAGUUACUCUGCUGAAAUGCAAGCCUUGCCAUUCAGCAAGCUCUUCUAGUACCCCCUUUUGUGUCUUCCAGAGGCCACAGUGGGACAGCCCUAGAAUGAGCUUCAAAUAGUAGUAUCACCUUCAAAGUCCAGUACGUGAUUUUUUAACAGAGUGGAUGCAAGCACACAUCAUGUGUGAUCUUCUGCAUUUCGGGCUUGGCUAAACCAUUAUUACCCUUAAAAACAACAAAACACCCAACAACUCAGUAUGCUUUGCAUUUCCCCAAAUUUGAGGAGUCUGCCAAUUAUUCAGUAGAAUAUUAAAUAAUGCUUUCAAUAGUAGAAAUUUUAUCACAAGCAGGUUUUCUCAAGGCUCCUUUAUCAUCAAUUUGGAAAAGAUCCCUGGCAACAGUUUCACGGGGUUGUGCAACACUUUCACUGUAGGAGUACAACAUUUCUGUGGAAUAAUUAGUAUCAGGCUAUAGAGAAAUGAGGAACCCUGUCCUUUGGCUGAAGCUGUAUGUACUUCACUGAAAGGUGUUUGCACAGCAUAAUGGCAUUGUUUCCUGGGUUCUCACAGAAGCUCUAUUGUUAAAGACUUGCAUUUGUCAAUUACUUGAGUGUAAAAUUUGAUAUCCCUGUUUUUCUUCUGCUUUAAUAAACUUUCACAUAUGAUUUGUUA